AUGGCAAAUCUUGCUCUUAUUUCUCUCUCCAUUUUCGCAAUUUUCUUUUGUUUUUCACUCCAAGGAAAUGCACUUUCCUCCUGCAAUGGUUACUGCAGAACCUUGAACGAUUGUUCCAGCCAGCUAAUUUGCAUCGGCGGCAAGUGCAACGACGACCCCGACGUCGGAACACAUAUCUGCGGAGGGGGCGGCGGCUCUACUCCCGGCGACUGUAAACCGGUCGGGAGUAUGACGUGCAACGGCAAAACUAAGCCUACCUACCGGUGCUCGCCGCCGGUGAAAUCCUCUACGCCGGCCAUACUCACCCUCAACGACUUCAGCGAAGGCGGCGACGGUGGCGCUCCGUCCGAAUGCGACGAGCAGUACCACGACAAUAACGAAAGAGUGGUAGCGUUGUCCACCGGGUGGUACUCCCGAGGGUUUAGGUGUGGGAAAAUGAUUCGUAUCACGGCGAGUAACGGGAGGAGCACGACGGCGAAGGUGGUGGAUGAGUGUGACUCCAUGCACGGAUGCGACAAGGAGCAUGCAGGACAGGGGCCGUGCGAUAACAACAUUGUUGAUGGGUCGGCGGCUGUUUGGUAUGCUCUGGGCCUAAAUCAAGAUUUGGGCCGAGUCUCUGUUAAAUGGGCCAAGGUCUAA